GUAUAGACAGAGACAAGGAUGGCCGACACACUUCGAGAGAUCGCCGAGCUGCCUCAGACGUUCGUGCGCGAGGGCACACAGUUCAUGAACCGAUGCACGAAGCCCGACAAGAAAGAGUUCCUCCAAAUCUGCCGGGCCGUUGGGAUGGGAUUCGUCGUCAUGGGCUUCAUCGGCUACUUUGUCAAGCUCAUCCAUAUCCCCAUCAACCACGUCCUCGUUGGUGGAGCAUAAAGGGUCGCGCGGACGCUUCGGACGUAUAUGGAGCGGGGUCCAUUGUAUGACAAGGGCGCUGAGCUGAGAAAAGCAUGAUCAAUUCAUGAAUCGUACAGAUGGGUGCAAAAGGGAGAAAGUUGCCGCCUUAAGAAGUUUUGCCGCUGUCGGCCAAUUUUUCAAGUCUAUCCAGCGUCCUCUUGAGGAGGAUGGCGCCGCCUCCGCUCAGCCGUUGCACCGCUUCGGGCCGAUCU